AUGGAGCUUGCAGCACCUGCGCGGCCUGUCACCCCGGCCACAGCGCCUCAUCUUCCGACAGCUUCGGCUCUGCCAAAGGGGUCUCCUUCCUCCCGCUUCUCUCGUGCCAAGGCCUGCAAGGCACUAGCACUGCCGUUGGCUACCCUGGGCUUGGCGUCUCGGGGGCAACGGAGAGCAAGGGUGGCCCGUGCGGGAGCACCUCCCGCCUCCAUCUGGCAGACGAAGCGGAAGCUGGCAGUCGCUCAGCUGGAGCGCCAGUGGCUUCUUCCGGCCGAGGAACCCUCUGAGUCGCAGGUCGCCGAGGAACCGAAGCCGGCGACGAAACCGGAAGACUUGCCUCAGGCAUUUCUGCGGUUUCUGGGCGGCAGCGUGCUGAUGGCAGUCUUGGCCCAGGCGUCCUUCCUUGGCAAGCGUGGGCCGGACCCGUCAUCUGGGAUUUGA